AUGUUCAGCUCAACUUGGGAUUUUUUGGGCUUCACCCAGAGUGCCUACACGACCUCAGAGCAGCUCAGAUGGGAGGGAAGGAGUGCGGUCCACCGGACCGUCGGAGUUACAAAAUACACGACAGAACACUCCCUACAACGUCUGGUGCAAUUGAAGUCGAACUACAUCAACGAGGACGACCCUUCCUUGUCAAGUUUCCUACAAGCAUCCCUGUUUUCACGUCUCCAAUCUGCCCUACCUCCCAAUAUUGUCGCAACUGUAAACAACACGACUCCCGAGUCUCUUAAGCAUGUUACGGACAACGUCGAUUUUGCUGGCAUACGCUCAAACCUCCUUACAGAAUUCCAGCGCGUCCAAGGUGUCACAUGCGCCCAGGCUGAGGAAUACGUGCACAAAAGCCACAUUUCCCCGCUGUGUUUCACACUCCGACGGUCCGGCGGGCCGCUCACUCUCCACAACGGAUGGGCACGAGACUAG